AUGGGAAGCCUCAAGACCGAACCCUGGGAGCUGGCCGCCGCCAAGAAGCGCGAGUCCCUCGCCGCCUCCAUCCCCCCGGAAUGGCGCGCGCCCAAGACCCUGCUGCCCCCGGACUCCCAGGACGACGUCACGACCUGGCCCGAGACGUCCGGCUGGUUCACCGCGGAGGAGCUCGCCAUCACCGACAGCACCGCCGCCGAACUCAUCGCGAAACUCGCCUCGGGGGAGCUCAAGUCGGUGGACGUCACGACGGCCUUUUGUAAGCGUGCCGUCGCCGCUCAUCAACUCACAAACUGCCUCUCGGAAACAUGCUUCGACCGCGCCCUCGCCACGGCCAGGGCCAGGGACGAACACCUCGCGCGCACCGGGCGGCCCGUCGGCCCGUUCCACGGCCUGCCCAUCUCCCUCAAGGACAACUUCCACCUCAAGGGCCUCGACGCCACCGUGGGCUUCACCUCGCACAUCGGCAACCCGUCCGACACCGACGCCGCGCUCGCCGCCCUGCUCGAGGACGCCGGCGCCGUCUUCUACGUCAAGACCAACGUGCCCACCGCCAUGAUGAUCGCCGAGUCCGUCAACAACGUCUUUGGCCGCACCGUCAACCCGCGGAACAGGAACCUCACGAGCGGCGGGAGCUCCGGCGGGGAGUCCGCGCUCAUCGCCAUGAAGGGGAGCCCUCUCGGCAUCGGGACUGAUAUCGGUAAGUGGCUCUCUCCGCAUCCCCGCCGCCUGCACCGGCAUCUUCACCCUCCGCCCUUCCUUCGGUCGCUUCCCGACCCUCGGCUGCCGCUCCGGCAUGCGUACGAGACGGCCCGGGAGCUGGGCACCCACGAGAUGUGGCAGCUGCACAUCGAGCGGACGGCGUACCAGAAGCGGUACCUCGACCGGUGGAACGAGGCCGGCAUCGACGCGAUCCUCUGCCCGACCACGCCGUUCGCCAGCGUCAGGAACGGGGACUACAAGCAUGUUGGGUACACCGGCGUGUACAACGUGCUGGACUACUCUUGCGUGUCGUUCCCCACGGGGCUCUCGGCGGACGAGAGCCUGGACGUGCUCCUCGACUCCCACGGGACGCCGCUGGGGCCGGACUGCGAGGCCGUCAACGCCCAAUACGAUCCAUCCGCCGUUCACGGGAUGCCCAUCAGCCUGCAACUCGUUGCCCGUCGGCUGGAAGAGGAGAAGGCCAUCGCGAUGGUCGGGCGUGUUCUAGAGGUUCUUUGA